AUGCCCGUAAUUCCCGGAAUGACGCAGAUGUUGUCCAGCAGCAGCGCGGCCGGCGCCGCGAUUGCCGGAGCCUCAUCCUCAUCAGCUGCAUCCGCAACAGCAGCCACAGCAGCAGGAGGGGGAGGAGCUCGCGCCGCGCCGCACCUCCCGCCGCCGCCGCCGCCUCCGCCCGCGGCGCACACGCUGGCGCCGUUUCUGAGCAAGACGUACGAGCUGGUGGACGACGCGGCGACGGACGGCGUGGUGGCGUGGACGGGCAGCGGCGUGAGCUUCGUGGUGUGGCAGCCCGCGGAGUUCGCGCGGGAUCUUCUGCCGCUCUACUUCAAGCACAGCAACUUCUCCAGCUUCGUGCGCCAACUCAACACCUACGUGCGUGGUGGGCACCGUUACCCCCAUCCCUCCAACGGAGUGAGUCCCCUCAUUGGGCUGGAUGCAAUCAAGGCGGCGAGCAGUCACUCUGUGGUGGGGAACACAAGUGCUGCUGCUGUGUCUGCGUUGACUGGGUUGACUGGUUUGACUGGAGUGGCUGGAGUGGCUGGGGUGACUGGGUUGGCUGCUGCCGUGCCUGGUGGAUUUGCUGCUACAGCUGAAAUGGCUGCUACAGCUGGCUUGGCUGCAAGCGGGAUGGCUGGGAUGGCUGCUACAGCUGCGAUGACUGGACUGACUGGGAUGACUGGAUUGACUGGAUUGACUGGAUUGACCGGUACUUUGACUGCUGGUGGAAUGGCCGCCACAGCUGGCAUGGCUGCUACAGCCGCUACAGCCGGAAGCAUAGCUCCGUACGUUGCGCCCAGUCGCAUGCUCGACGCGGUCGCGCGCGGAAUGGGGCUGGGAGCGCCGGGGGCGGCGGGGAGCAACGCGGUGGAGCUGGGCGCGUUCGGGUUGUCGGAAGAGCUUAGCCAACUGCGGGGAGGGUUGGACAGGGGCGCGCUGCUGCGCCACCAGCGUUCCGCCGCUGCUGCGUGCGCGGGAGCGGGCGCGGGAGCAGGAGCGGAGCCGGCGGGGCUGGGAGCGCCGGGGGCGGCGGGGAACACGGUUGAGCUAGGCGCGUUCGGGCUGUCGGAGGAGCUGAGCCAACUGCGGCGCGACCGCGGGGUGUUGAUGCGCGAGCUGCUGCGCUCGCGGCAGCAGGCGGCGGCGAGCGCGGAGAAGCUUGCGCUGCUGGAGGCGAACAUGGCGGCGCAGGAGCAGCGCCAGGCGCACAUGACGGCGUUUCUCGCGCACGCGCUCAACAACCCCGCUUCCAGUCACGGGGGGUCUUGUAUUGGUGCAGGGGGUGGAGGAGGGAGUCCAGAGUGGUUGAAAGCGGUUACCGCUGGGAUGGGCGCGGCUGGUCUCGGUGCCCCUGGCUUUGCUGCUGCUGCUGCCGCCGCUGCCGCGGCUGCUGCCGCUUCUACUGCGGUUGGGAUGGAUGUGGAUGGGUGCACGGACCUGGGCAACACUCACAAGCGUGGGUUUGACAGUGACAACACGGGAUUCCCCCAAAACGGUAUGGGAGGCGCUGCAGGCAUGGCAAUGGGCAUGAAUGCUCGCAAGGGGAUUCGAGCCAUGGAGGAUAAGGGAGGGAUGGGAGAGGGGGAAGAAUUGGGGGCAUUGAAAGGAAUCGGGGGAAUGGGGGACAGUGUGGGUGCACGUGGUGCGAGAGUGAACCUGUUUUCCCCGCAUGGCAGCAAGGAGCAGGUAGCAGCAGGAGGAGCAGGAGGAGGAGCAGGAGGAGGAGCAGCAGGGGGAGCAGGGGGGGGGGUGUAUUUCGUGAGUGGGGCGGGCAACAUGGGCAUGCACUCACAAAUCUUUUUCAAGCGCCACAAGAACAGCAGUGGCACUAGUGCCGGUGCCAGCACUGGUGUUGCUGGUGCUGCCGGUGGUGGUGGGGAGGAGGGGACUGCGUUUGGCAGUGGAAGCAGCAGCAUGGGUGCUGCUUCUGCAUUUGACCAUGGUACUGCCAACAGCAACAACCUGAGCACUCAGCAGCAGCAGGCACAGCAGCAGCAAGAACAGGGCAACCCGACUCACAAUCCCGAGGCCGCUUAUAACGAGUACGGGCUCAGCGAGCCGCUGGCCAACCCGUUCGGCCGCCCGCCGCCGCCCGGGUUCACAAUGGAGCGGUUUGACGUGCUGGGCGGGCAGCUUGUGUCGUAUCUGACCCCCAUGGGCGCUGCUGCUGCCAGUGCUGCCGUGGCUGCCGCUUCAGGCCCUCUUGGGAGUUCCCUUGGGGGUCCUCUUGGGGAAACCCUUGGGGGAUCCCUCACACGGGGGCUUGCAGGGCAGCUUGGGGGGCCCCUUACAAGGCAGCUUACAGGCUCCUCCCUUGGUGGGCCAAGUGCGGAGCAGCUUGCAGGGGCUUUUGCAGGGGCGUUUGGAGGGGCGGCUGGAGCAGAAGGGGUGUACGAUAGCGUGUUUGGGGAGGCUCUCGGUGGGAUUCGGAACUUGGAUGGCAAUGGUGCGGGCCUGAGCGCUGGUGGUAUUUGGGGGGGAUUUGAGGGGGACCAGAGAAUGGGUGGAGCAGAGAAGAUGUAUGAGCGGAUGUUUGGGGGCGGUGCUACUGCUGCUGGUGGAGGAAGUUCGGCAGGAGGAGGUUUGGGAGGAGCAGCGUCAGGCUUGGCAAGUGGCUUAUCUGGGGCACGAAGCCUAGGUGGGUCUGCAUCUCUGUCCCUGCUAUCCCCUCCUGGGUUGCCACCGCUCGUGCCACCCGUGCUGCCAUCAACAGCAGCAGCAGCAGCAGCAGCAGGAGCAGCAGCAGCAGCAUCAGGAUCUGUGCCCGCUGCUGCUGCUCUGUCUGCUGCUGCAGCUGCGUUUUCCUCCCCUUUAAUGGGUACAGGACCCGCACUCACUACCGCUGCUUCUGCCGCUGCUUCUGCUGCUUUUGAGGCGCCUGUAAUGGGAACGUCAGGAGCAGCAUUCACUGCAACGGCUGCUGCAGCAGCACUGGCGUCAGCUGGUGUUCCCACCUGCCACAUUCCCCUCCCCCUGCCCGUGCCCCUGCCCCUGCCCCUGCCAAUCGCACGCCCGCCUGCCUCCCUUCCCCCUCCUCUCUCCAACUCUUUCCCUCUUUUUGACUCCUCUCCUCUCUCACGCUCCUCCCCUCUCUCCCCUGUGCCUCCGUCUCUGCACCUUUCAUCUGCUUCCCUUCUCUCCUCCUCUCUCCUCUCCUCCUCCCACCUCUCCUCCUCUCUCCUCGCCUCCUCCCACCUCGCCUCCUCCCACCUCGCCUCCUCCCACCUCGCCUCCUCCCACCUCGCCUCCUCCCACCUCGCCUCCUCCCACCUCGCCUCCUCCCACCUCGCCUCCUCCCACCUCGCCUCCUCCCACCUCGCCUCCUCCCACCUCGCCUCCUCCCACCUCGCCUCCUCCCACCUCGCCUCCUCCCACCUCGCCUCCUCCCACCUCGCCUCCUCCCACCUCGCCUCCUCCCACCUCGCCUCCUCCCACCUCGCCUCCUCCCACCUCGCCUCCUCCCACCUCUCCUCCUCCCACCUCGCCUCCUCCCACCUCUCCGCCUCCUUCCUCUCCUCUGCGGCUCUCUCUCUCUCUCCAGCAGAGCUCUUCGCUGCCGAAGCAACUCACUGCACUGCCACUGCCAUGCCUCCUCCCACUAUCCCCGCUCGCUCUUUCCCCAGUCGCCCGCCUGCAGUGAAUCCCAUCCAGCACCCUGUUGUUCUAGCUCCCUUUACCUCCACCCUUGCCCCUCCCCACCCGUGCCCUCGUAGUCCUCCCCCUCUUGCUGGGGCUCUGCCGGUUCGCAUGACUUCCGCUCUACCUCCCACUCUUGCUCCCGCCCUUGCUGCUUCAACCCUCGCUGCUUCAACCCUUACUGCUUCAACCCUCGCUGCUUCAACCCUCGCUGCUUCAACCCUCGCUGCUUCAAAUCUCGCUGCUUCGAGUCUUGCUGCCUCGACCCUCGCCCCUGUGCUACCUGCAACACCCAUCUCUCUGGACUCACUCGCUACAACCACGUCAACUUCAGCCGCUGCAGCUGCUACAGCUGCUACAGCCAACUCGUUUGAUGACGUGGCUCUAGCAGGUAGAGCCGCUACAGCUGCCGCCCUGGCUGCUACAGCUGGGAGCGUGGGGAUGGGUGCUACAGCUGCGAGCAUGGGGAUGAGUCAGAAUGCGUCUGCGGUGUUCAGAGGAGAGGGGGAGGCUGAUGAUGAGGCGUUCUGGCAGCAGCUGCUGAGUGAAGGGGGGCAGUGA